CUUACAAACAAGAACGGGUGCCGUUCGGGCGACAUGUCCUGCUGUGGGAUAGCCGGAGAUGCUCGGUAAAAGCUGUUAAGUCGCAGAUUGGGUCGUCAGCGAGGCCCAGGCGGGACGCCAAGAUGAUUUCUCAAGGAUCAAGGAGUGUGGAGUGACGCAAUGGCGCUCGGUCACGGCUCCAAAAAGUCAAUUUCACGUGACCAGGAGGUCACUCCUGCCUCAAACAACAAUGGGGUAGAAGUUAUUACCCGAACUGUUGCUCCACCAAUCAGGAAGACUCGGUCCUCCAAGUGUCUUCUUGCCUUCCUCAUUAGCCUCAUCAUCAUCCUUAUAGGUGCCGGAGCCACGUUGGCGUGGUACUUCCUGGAGUACAGAGUCUGGGUGUUGGAGCCUCGUGUCCAGCAGCAGUACACGGCCCACCUGUCCAUCCUCAACAGGAACUUCUCGGCUGCUCUGUCCUCUCACAACAGUCCCGCGUUCAAGAGGGAAGCCAAGGGAGUGCAGAACAUGGUAGAGACAGUCAUGAGAGCCUCCAGCCUUUCUCGAUACUUCAACUACACCACAGUGUUCGCCUUUGGGGAGGGGAGUCUUGUGGCUCACUUCUGGACGGUGCUGUCUGUACCCAGCAGCCAUGACGGGGUAGUCACACUGGACAAGGUCACCAGGAGCCUGGAGGAGGGCCUGAGGGUGUACAGCGGCUCACGGGAGCAGGAAACCGCCAGCUUUGAUGGAUACCUCUUCCACAUCCCUACGCUGUCCGUCAGCGAAACCGACUCCAAAGUUAUAGAACUUUUGAAAGCCUCGUUUGACUGUUAUCGCUACCAGAAGGUGGUGUCCAGCAGCCCCGUGGCUCUGCGUGGCCCCGACACGCAGCGCUCCUCCUGCCUGUGGCACCUCCAGGCCGCCCCGGGCUUCCAGCUGGAGCUGCACAUGGAGUGGCUGCUGCCCGAGUGCCGCGACAGGCUGGUGGUGUACAACUCCCUCACCCCGACCGACAAUCACCUCAUCACAUCUGUGUAUGGCUGCAGCAGACAUGAGCAUGCUGUGCGCGUCCUCUCAUCCGGCGAGUGGAUGACAGUGGUUUGGAAACAGGGUCUGUACAACUACAAGGACCCAUUUUCUUUAGCAGCACAAGCUUGGGACCGUCAGGACUGUAAUUCCACCAUAGAGCUGAAGGCGGUGUCGGGGGUUCAGGGGACGCUAAGGACGCCUUUCUUCCCCAGCUACUACCCUCCAAACACCAACUGCACCUGGAGUUUUACUAUGCCCGAUGCGGGGAUGGGUUUGUCUCUGGAGUUCGAGGGCUACGAGCUGAGCAGGGCCACUUACAACCAGGCUUGUACCCAGGGACAGUGGAUCAUCCAGAACCGCAGACUGUGCGGCACCAGAGGUUUGCAGCCCUACAACGAGCGCCUCUUCCUGCUCUCCGCCACGGCGACUGUUGUCAUGACGUCCGAGGUGUCGCUCACAGGGCCAGGCCUCCAGCUGCACUACAGCAUCUUCAACCUGUCGGAUCCUUGCCCGGGCCAGUUCCUGUGCACCGUUAAUGGCCUCUGUGUUCCUGUGUGCGACGGGAUCAAGGACUGUCCCAACGGACUUGACGAGAGGAAUUGUGUGUGUGUGGCACAGUUUAAGUGUCCAGAGGACAGUCAGUGUGUGGACUACUACAAACUGUGUGACGAGCACCCAGACUGCCCGGAGGCCUCAGACGAGAUGAACUGCACCGAGGGUGUGCAGUGUACAGAUAUGACCUACGUGUGCGCUGACGGCACGUGUCUGAAGAAGCCGAACCCGGAGUGCGACUCUGUCACCGACUGCCCUGAUGCCUCAGAUGAGAAACAGUGCGACUGCGGCCUGAGGCAGUUCUCCAGCCGUAUCGUCGGGGGUACCGACGCCUCGGAGGGGGAGUGGCCAUGGCAGGCCAGCCUGCAGGUGCGGGGCACCCACAUCUGCGGAGGUGCGCUAAUUUCCGACCAGUGGGUGGUGUCUGCCGCCCACUGUUUCUACGACGACCGCCUCUACUCCCCCUCGGUGUGGACGGUCUACCUCAGUAAACUAAUGCUCAACCGCAGCAGCCCCAUAGAAGAGGUGGCUCGGGUCCAACGCAUCCAUCUCCACCAGUACUACGACGACGAGUCCCACGACUACGACCUGGCCCUGCUGAAGCUGGACCGCCCGGCCCCCGCGCUCCUCGCCGGACACGCUCGACCCGCGUGCCUGCCCCCGCCCACCCACCAACUGGAGCCGGGCCUGCUCUGCUGGGUCACCGGGUGGGGGGCGCUACAGGAGGGAGGAAAGGCCAGCAAUCUGCUUCAGAAGGUGGACGUCCGCCUGGUCAGCGAGGAAGCCUGUGUUCGUUCCUACGGCCAUACGGUCUCUCCCAGAAUGCUUUGCGCUGGGUAUCGCAGUGGAGAGAAGGACGCCUGUCAGGGAGACUCGGGCGGUCCGCUGGUCUGCCAGGAGCCGUCUGGUCGCUGGUUCCUGGCCGGGGUGGUGAGCUGGGGCAAAGGCUGCGGGCGUCCAGACUACUACGGCGUCUACACCCGCAUCACCAGGCUCACCGACUGGAUCAAGCAGGUCAUCAGCAGCCCCUGAAGACCUUCGUCACCCUUUACGCCAUCAAUGUGAUGAUGCUGAAAUCAAAGCGUGAGCCGCACCGUGUGGGGUGUCGGCAAAUUAUGUGAGAUUGCUUCUCGUCCAAAAGUUAAAGGCUUUAUUCUAAACAAAGCUGAUGAUCAUGCAUCAUUUUAUGUGACAGAACUGAUAUUUCAACGUGUUAAUAAAACGCAUCUUGCAAAAUAAGUAGUAAAAAUCACUUUCUCCAGCUGAUGAACUUCUGGAUCAUUUACUCUCUGGCAGGCUGAGUCUUUUAUAGCUGAAAGAUAAUAAACUUUCCUGUAAUAACAUCUUUUUUUUUUUGUAAUAAAUUCUAUUUGUUUGCAUUUCUGGCUGAGAGUGAAUAUGAAGUGCAGCACGUCUGUGUGAGGCUGCAUCACAUCAGUGUCUGGAGCCAAAUGCCGUCGUCACCAUGGCAACAUAAUGUUAACAUAAACUAUAAGAAUAACUGUAAUAAUAAUAAUAAUGAUACAUAGUGCGGGAAAUGUCCUUGUCACGAUACAACAAAAAUUAAAAAACAAUAUCAAAUUUGAAGGAAUAUGCAAAAAAUAACUGAAAAGUAUAUAGAGGGAAAUAGAAAUAUAUAUAUUGACAAUUUUUACUUACACACAGAAUGUCUUUAUAUUAUAUCACCAUUCAGAAUAUAAAAUGUUUUCUUUUACAAGAUGA